AAGAAAGAAUGUGCCUUGAAUCAGGAAGAAAUACAUGUUGAAAAAUCUGUAUCUUGAAAAAUGUUGGUAGACUCAGCAACAUUCCAAGUAUAUUUAAAAGAUUUGAUGUCACUAACCUAUACUGCUUUGUGUGUUCCUGAAUUCAGAGCAUACCCUUCACAGAAAUGUGGAUGAGACUGAGAGUAAAAAUGCAGUGUGGAAAAAAUACACUUUGUGGGUUUAAGGUGCCCAGAGUAAUCAUUCAAAGACACUUCUUGUGAAGUAGUACCAUUUCACAAUCUCUUAUUCAUUAUUCCAAACUAGAAAGACCUGAAAACCAAAAUAUUUUUCUUCAACUGCCCUUCAUGACAAAAGUAGAUUAUAAAGUGGAGACUAUCUUACAUCAUCAUUUCUCCUAUUUAAUUUGGAAAAUUCAUACAUGUGCUUCAGAACUGUGGGGGUGUUAGGUAAGGAAUGGGACAUACCUAGGAAGACACCUGUAAAAUCCAAAAAAUUUUGAAUUUCAAAAAAACAUCAGGCCCCAGGAGUUUCUGAUAAGGGAUUGAGGACCAGUCUUUCCAGUUAUGCCUUUGUUUGGUGUCUUGGAGGUUUUAAUCCCAUCCUCACUCCGCCCCCCUCAGGGCUGUGUACCCUACUGAGUUGGGAAGUUCUUUCUUUUGCAAAGUGGGGAGAAAGGUGAUCAGGUCCUGAACCCCAGGCAGGUUUGCUGGAAUGAAGAUUUAGGAAUAGUGUAGAGGGAGCUUGAAGCUCUGGAAAUAGAUUCCUUUAGGACAAUCCAUGUAGCAAAUCCCACUUCGAGGUCCACUGCUCCAGGGAUAACCUUGGAUAGUGAGCAUCAGGGUUCAAGGACAUGGUACAUUCAUGUUACAGAAGAGUCUCAACAUUGGGGAAGGCCCGUGGGUGACAUUUCUCUGACAUUUGGGCAGUCCUUGAUGCUAAAUAAUGAACGCUAGAAAAAAUUUUGAGAUGUCCCAGGAGAACUUGGGGUCCCUUUUGACCCUCGGCCUGGUCAGGCUGCCAGUAAUAGUUCUUUCUGGUCCCCUUGUUCUAGGCUGCAGCGUAUGUUGCAAAUCUUCUUGGAAUCAGCUGCAGGACCUGUGCCGCCUGGCCAAGCUCUCCUGCCCUGCCCUUGGCAUCUCUAAGAGGAACCUGUAUGACUUUGAAGUCGAGUACCUGUGUGAUUACAAGAAGAUCCGCGAACAGGAGUAUUACUUGGUAAAGUGGCGUGGAUACCCAGACUCAGAGAGCACCUGGGAGCCACGGCAGAAUCUCAAGUGUGUACGCAUUCUCAAACAGUUCCACAAGGACUUAGAAAGGGAGCUGCUUCGGCGGUAUCACCGGUCAAAGCCACCCCGGCACCUGGACCCAAGCUUGGCCAACUACCUGGUGCAGAAGGCCAAGCAGAGACGGGCACUUCGGCGCUGGGAGCAGGAGCUCAAUGCAAAGCGCAGCCAUCUGGGACGCAUCACUGUGGAGAAUGAGGUGGACCUGGACGGCCCCCCACGGGCCUUCGUGUAUAUCAAUGAGUACCGCGUUGGUGAGGGCAUCACCCUUAACCAGGUGGCUGUGGGCUGUGAGUGCCAGGACUGUCUGUGGGCCCCCACUGGAGGCUGCUGCCCAGGGGCAUCACUGCACAAGUUUGCCUACAAUGACCAGGGCCAGGUGCGACUGCGGGCUGGGCUGCCCAUCUACGAGUGCAACUCUCGCUGCCGCUGCGGCUAUGACUGCCCCAAUCGUGUGGUACAGAAGGGCAUACGCUACGAUCUCUGCAUAUUCCGCACAGAUGAUGGGCGCGGCUGGGGUGUCCGCACCCUGGAGAAGAUCCGCAAGAACAGCUUCGUCAUGGAGUACGUGGGAGAGAUCAUUACCUCAGAGGAGGCAGAGCGGCGCGGCCAGGGCUACGACCGCCAGGGUGCCACCUACCUCUUCGACCUGGACUAUGUAGAGGACGUGUAUACCGUGGAUGCCGCCUACUAUGGCAACAUUUCCCCCUUCGUCAACCACAGUUGUGACCCUAACCUACAGGUGUACAACGUCUUCAUAGACAACCUCGAUGAGCGGCUUCCCCGCAUUGCUUUCUUUGCCACAAGAACCAUCCGGGCAGGCGAGGAGCUCACCUUUGAUUACAACAUGCAAGUGGACCCCGUGGACAUGGAGAGCACUCGCAUGGACUCCAACUUUGGCCUGGCUGGGCUCCCUGGCUCCCCCAAGAAGCGGGUCCGUAUUGAAUGCAAGUGUGGGACUGAAUCCUGCCGCAAAUACCUCUUCUAGCCCUUAGAAGUCUGAGACCAGACUAACCAAAGGGGCCUGAAGCUGCCUUCCCUGAUUCCCACCGUUGCCCUCCAGCUAAGGAAUGACUACCAGGGCCUCUGCCUGCCCCACCUGCUCCACAUUCCGGGCUGUGGUGAGGACCCACUGCAGGAGUCCCCAUUCCCUCUCCCAGCCCUGCUCAUGGGUUGUACUUAGAAACCCCGCCUACCUUCAGAAGUAAUUUUUUUGACAUCACAACUUUCUGCAGUUGGGAUUCAUGACCUAUCAAGGAGAUCCAAGUUGUGCGCCACAGCCCAGUCCCAACAGAGAAAGAUGUUUGUCUUUGCACCUGCUUCUGCCUGGAGCUUAAGGGGUCUGUUGCAGGCCUCCUCCUUACUGCCCCAAGGGUAUGGGGAAGCCACCCCAGGGCAGGCAGACAUCAGAGUCCAUAGUCAUGGCCUGCCAAACAGCUGGUUCCCUAGCCACAGAAACUUUGUGCUAGUGAAAAAAGGGAGGGGGACUUCAGGGCUGGGGGCUGAGGCUUGCCUACAGUACUGGAUCGUGUUGGCCCCAAGAGCAGUUAUGUCUCUGCUUCAGGGCUGCACAUCUAAGAAGGGGACACCCACAUGCCACUAGAAGGGCAGUAGGUGUCCACAGCCCACUAAGAGGAAGGCAGCCCAGGUUUUGUCAGCCCUGGAGAUGGGCUGGGACUGAACUCUGCCUUCAGGGAGUAUAGAGGCUCAGGGUUCUGGAAGCCCUGAUCUAAGGUGUGAUGACUGCUGGGACUACUCAGAGCUGGAACCAAGACCUAGGUGGCCUGUAGAUAGCACUUAGGAUGAUAAUGUGCAUUGAUAGGGUGCUGAUGAGGUGCCAGGCACAGCACAGAGCACCUGGUCCACGUGGAUUGUCUCAGGGAAGCCUUGAAAACCACGGAGGUGGAUCCCAGGGGAGGCUCAUACAGCAGAAAGGCCAAGAGUGGGUGAAGGGUUUACCUACUCAGAUACCAUGAGGCAAGAAGGAAGCUCCUGUCACCUCCAGGCCCCAGCCGUUUGCACUCACUCUGGGUCCACUGGUUUCGAAAGUUACCUGCCUACAGAUGUACAAAAGGCGAAGGUUCUGAUGGCUGCCUCGCCCCUUGCUCCCCUGCCCCCUGUGAAGUCUUCUUUAGGAAGACUUUCCUGACUACCUGUGUCUGGAGUGUCCCAACGUGAGACUGUGUGCCCUGCUACCAGAUGCCAGAUCUGUGUGUGUCUGUGUGUCCGUCCUGCCCACCCCUGCCCAGACCAACCUUCAGGCAUGGACUGAAUCUGGUUCUUUUCUUGUAUACCCCUUGGCCCUACCCAGCUUGGAGUGGGCAUCAAUAAAGUGAGUGAGUGAA